AUGAGAAUGGAAGAUCUCGGCGGAAGUGACGUAAUUGGUUCUUAGUCCCCACUCCUCUCAACAGCUGUGCUUCCGUAGACUUUCAGUCUCUUUGAAAUCGACUUUGAUCGAAUCAUCAACAACCAAGAAUGUCGUCGAAGGUAACCUUCAAAAUUACGCUAACAUCGGAUCCAAAACUACCGUAUAAAAUUCUUAGUGUACCUGAAGCGACGCCAUUUACAGCUGUAUUAAGGUUUGCUGCCGAAGAAUUUAAAGUACCUCCUGCUACAAGUGCUAUAAUUACGAAUGAUGGCAUUGGAAUCAACCCAUCUCAGAGUGCAGGGAACAUAUUCUUGAAGCAUGGAUCUGAACUCAGACUAAUACCAAGAGAUAGAGUUGGUUGUUGGAAAUAAUAUUUAUUGUGUAUAAAAAUAAAAACUGCUGAACCUGA